AUCAUUUUUCAUUCUGUUUCUAUUAUCAUUCCAUAAAAAUAAUUGAAAAUCAGGAGAAAUCAGGAGAAAAGCUUAAAAAUCAGCUCCUGAAAUCAGGAGAAUUUUCAUCAGGAGAAAAGUCUAAAAAUCAGGAGUCUCCUGGUCAAAUCAGGAGAUUUGGGCACUCUGGACACAACACACAAAAUCUGGUCCUUCCUUUGAAAUAGUUUGGAACUUCUCAUACUGUUUGACAUAAAAUGGGCAUAAAUUGCCUGCAGUCUUUUCUUCUGUCUCACGUAUUUUCUUUAUCUUUACAGUGAAAUGAACUUUAAAGUUGUUUGGGUGUUAAAAGCCAGGUUUUUUGGCAUACAUUAUUAAAUGUCAGUUAUGUUUCACCUGGGUGUUAUUGAUUAAAAAUAAGAUUAAAUAAAAACGAAAAUAAAAACACAUGAGUUCAACGAGCGUUUUCAUAAUCUACAGCCAUGCUACUCUAUUUUUCUGAAAGUCUGAGUCAAAUAACUGUAUACCUUUUAGAAAAAUAGUAGUGAUACUCCUUAACGACGUAAAACAAUAGAUGUCUGUAGAGAAUGCUAGCUACAAUCAACUCUCAUGUAACUUUCCUAUUCGCUUAGGUGUUAUGCAUGAAAUAAAAUAGUAAAACAUGGAUAACAAUUUGUAUAAGUUAUCCAAAAGUUUUGUAAUUGACGAACAAAGAUGACUUAGAGGGCUUUAUAAAUUGAAAACCACUAUUAAAGAUAUUAUAUAAGCAUUUAUUUAUCCAUUCAUUUCAUUUAAAAUCUUGCACAAACAUGCACAAACGAAACACGCCAAAAAAGGUGGGUUUGAUUUUAUCGUCUGUAAUAACAUUCGUUACAAAGCUUUUUUUAAUUUUCCAUUUUUAGAUUGGCGUUAAUACGACUGAAGAAACGUCAGAUUUUAUAAAAUAUAAAGAUAAGCCCAACGCUGUUCCAUCAUCAAUAGGAGCCACAGAUAAAUGGCGAAUAUUCAUUUGGACCUCCGUUUUAUGGUCAAUUAUUUUAUGCUUCUUGCUAUUUAUGUUAAUCACCUUUUAUCCAACAGAAUGUCAAACAAAUGAAAUAUUAAAAAGAAAAGCUGAUCAAACAGUGACUACAACAACUUUAAAACCCUCUUAUUCCAAAUCAUCUGACUGGUCUAAACAAUAUCGCGAUAGUUAUUCAACAUGUAAUAGUUUCGAUAAACAAUGUGUGAACGUUGAUAAAUAUAUUAUUAAUUCAGAAACUUCGAAAAAUCCUCGAUACUAUCCGGGUGAAAUGGGUAAACCCUAUUCGUUAGCCGAUAAUAUGCAAGACGAAUCAAAACGACGUUUCUCUGAAAAUAUGUUUGAUAUUGUUGUAUCAGAUCAUAUUGCGUUAGAUCGAGCAAUGCCAGAUAUAAGAAAUGAUCAUUGUAAAGCUCGAUCCGUAUUUGAAUCAAAUCUACCUAAUACAAGUAUAAUUAUUGUAUUUCAUAAUGAAGGCAAUUCGACAUUAUUAAGAACAUUAGUUUCGAUAAUUAAUCGUACGCCAUGGAAAUUGAUUCAUGAAAUUAUUUUAUUAGACGAUGCUAGUGUCGAUAGAGAAUAUUUACAUGAACCAUUAGAACAAUUUAUAUCAACGUUGCCGCUAAAUAUUAAACUCUUUAAAAAUGAAAAACGUUUGGGAUUAAUUAGUUCACGUGUGAAAGCUGCCAAAAUGGCUACUGGUGAAACGUUAAUGUUUUUGGAUUCUCAUGUUGAAGUGUUAAACGGAUGGCUAUUGUAUUUAUUAGAAGAAAUUCAUAAAGAUCGGAAAACAAUUGUGUGUCCGAUAAUUGAUGUGUUAACGUGGGAUGCUUUAGAAUUAUUACAGGGUGCUACAGAUAUCUUUGGUACAUUCAGUUGGAAAAUGAUAUUUCGCUGGUCUAAACUACCGGAUGGAACUCAGACUGAUCAAUCAAAACCUGUUCGUACCCCAGCAAUGGCCGGUGGUUUGUAUGCAAUUGAUCGACUAUAUUUUGAAGAGUUAGGUUAUUAUGAUGAGGGCAUCAAAAUCUGGGGCGGAGAAAACCUAGAAAUGUCGUUCAAGACUUGGAUGUGUGGUGGACAAAUUCUUAUUCAUCCCUGUUCACAUGUCGCCCAUAUAUUUCGUAAAGAAACACCGUAUAAAUUUUUAGAUAGUGAAAGUAUAUUUGUGACAAUAUUUAAGAACUAUAAACGUGUAACGUUAGUUUGGUUAGAUGAAUACAAACAACUGAUAUACGCUGUAAAUCCAGACAUAAAACGUUUGGAUGGUGGUGAUGUAUCAUCUCGUAUUGAAUUACGAAAAAAUUUAACUUGUAUAACAUUUCGCCAAUAUCUAGAAAGAUUUCAGUUAAAAAAUUUUCCAUCGUCUUAUCGAUGGAUAGGAACAGUGGCCAAUAUCGAUCACCGUUGUUUGGACUCAAUGCUUGGACCAGACAUAUCAAAAGGUGUAAGAGGUUUUGUAUCAGCUCAAACAUGUCAUAUGGAUGGUGGAAAUCAAGUAUUUAUGUAUACAACGACGAAGAAACUUCAGUUUGAUGAGUUAUGUUUGGAGCCAAAUGAUCAACAAACAACGGAUAAACAACGACGAAUUUUGUUUAUUAUUUGUGAAGAAUAUCGACAAGAACAAAAUUGGAAUUAUAAUGAAGAGACAAAUCAACUUGUACAUGAAAAAACAAAUCAUUGUCUUGAUGUGAUAAAAGAUACGAUUGUUGUUCUUGUUUUUCUAAUGACAAAUCACCAAGCACAACAUCAACAACAAGAAGAAUUUGUACCAGCUGGACGAUAUAGAGGAGGUCCACAUGGUGUAGGUGAUCCAGAUGAUAAAUCUCUACGACAUGUUGAAUUAGAAGUAUGUAUACCUCAAAUUGUGCGCGAUCGUGGUCAUCGUUUGAAAUGUUUUGACUUCGUACAAGCAUUUGGAAAAUGUGGCGAAGAACAUGGAGGUUUUAUGGCUGUUUUCAAAUGUCGAAAAGAAUUAAAACAAAUGAAUGAUUGUUUAACAAAAUGGUUUCAAGAUGAAGAAUUUCGUAAAGAAUGUACCGAUAUUUAUUUAGAUGAACGUACAAAAUAUCGUUCGACCGGUGAAGUGACUCAUCAUAUUAAACGACCCUAUUAUUAUAAUCCAGAAAAAGAAUUAAAACGUCUUGGCAAAUUAAAAGAGGAAUAUGAUAGACUCGAAAAUAAAACUUAG